CAGCGGGGCCAGCCUCCACCCAAUCGGUCAGCAUCCGGACCGAUGGAUAUCGUUUCUUUUGCUGGUCACCUGACGGCGCUUCGGCAACCAAGGCUUACGAUUGCUCUGUCCGACCGACGCAAUGGGCGCAUCCUGGCCGGCCGUCUGUUGGUCGGGCCUCAAGGCGGACUGUUUGUGCAUCGGCGAGUUGAUGUGGUGCUCGCCUGUUCUGUCGACUCAUCUGAAGUCUUAGAGGACUCGGCAACACAUCAACGGUACCAGUUGAGACCGGCAGACGAGGCUGAGGCCAUGCUUAUGCAAAGACCUUACAAGGAUGGGGACGACACCGAAGACGACGAGACUGUGGCCAACCAGUCUUGUAUGCCGAGUGUUUUUGUGGAUGCUGCAAUUGAAGAGAGCACUAGAAACGACAUCAAAGCAAGAAAGAGGCUGUGGCAAGAAGCAAGAGACGAGGGGGAGCAGGAAAACAAGAGGAAAGAAGGUGACGAUCAAGAAAGUAAGGAGGAAAUGGAGAAUGAAAAAGACGAUAGAAUGAGGCAGGAGGAUGAAAAUAAAACGGAUGCCACAGAAGCUGCGAUAUCGCCUUACUUUUCGAUUAAGCAGAAAUAUGAACAGCCACCACGGACCGGGCUAGCGAACCCGAAGGAGCACUCCUCUUCACACUUGACCUCUUCCUCCUCCUCCUCCUCCUCUUCUUCUUCUUCUUCUUCCUGCUCCUCCUCCUCUUCCAUCACAUCAGACCCACUUCCAUUCUCCGAGCUUCCUUCCUUCCGUUCUCUGCCUCCUACAGACGCUUGUAGCAACAGUCUCCCAGCUUUGCACGCCAUGAUUCAGCCUCCGGAGGUGAUGCAUGCUGGUGAGGUAAGCCCUACUCCAGUCUGUCCAAUGAGGCGAGAGACCAUACAACGUCGGUUGGGCUCCGGUUGCCUGGGGCCUGGGAUGCUGAGCGAUGCUUCUGACUUCGAGGCUGACAGAGAUCCUCUCUUGAGGACUCAAGCCUCCUGUUCAUUCCAGACUCAGCACAACCACGAGGUGGCAUCCUUUUCAGGCAGGUGGCGAGACGAAAAAUCUACCGGUCUGGUUGGACCAACUUAUGCUGAGACCGAGGUCCGGAAUGAUCUCUUCCACCAGAAUCAAAUCCAGCACACUCUAGUCCAGUGUCAAGCCGGCUCGAGCCACAAACCGGAUGGCUGUGAAGAGGAGACGGCGGUACCUGUGACUGUCAGACUCGGGUGCUCAAGGUCGAGUUCAAGCGUGUGGCUUGGUUAUGCCAAUCAAAAGUCAUCCGGCGAUCUUUCAACAUCGACAACACCUCCCCAUCGCUCCUCACUGCCAUCAAACUCACGAUCGACACCACAGCCGAGUCCGCCCUACCCGGUUCUACCUACAGCUCCAGAGCAGGACCAAGCCCCAGUCACCAGCGCUGCCGGCCAAACGGUACCAGAGGCGAUUCCCACCGCCGAGUCCACAGUGCCCGCCACGUUCCCGCAGCACAACCACCUCGUCUCCAGUAUGGUGGGCAAGCUGGCACUUGGUGCUGUAGCCUGCAAUACGGGUGCUACCCUCCCGAACUCAGCCUAUUUACUGCACGGAAGUGGUGGUGUAUUCUCAAAGGGUUGA